AGGAUUUCUCCUCAUUCAUUCCCUCUUUGUAUGGCAUCUGGAUUACUUUGACUUUCUGUGUAUUGUCUGGUAUCGCUAGGUGCCUUGCACGGCGUGCGUUCUGUCCCAGUAAUGGCUGGCACAACAGACAGGGUCUCCUGAUUGGGGCUGAGCGGAGUUACAUGAGAACACAACACGGCCGGCUCAGAAGGAGCUGCCUGCGACCGGAGGAAGCUCACAGCUGCGAGAAGAGGCUUCCUGUCACUCUUGUAGUAGUGUUACCCGGAAACUUGUCUGAUAGGCUCUCCGGCCUUGCUUCUGCUUUCAUCAGGAGUUCCACAAUGCUGGCUGGCGAUAUCAAUGAGAACCUGCUGAUCCCCGAACUGCAAAUCCCAAAUCUGAGCGCCGGCACGUCGGCCAGCAGCACUCCCAGCCAGCGGCGCAGGCGCUUCAAAAUGAAACGCGCGAAGCCUGAGCGAAACCGGGAGACUGCCGCAGACACCUCGGACUGUACCGGGAAUUUGGAGUACCUGCAGCUACCGUCUAUAGAGAUCACACCAUCCAGCGACGAGGACAGCGCCCGCUCAAACUCUUCCACGCCAAGCACCUCUCCCAGGCGGCGUGGGCACCGGCUGAACAGUUGGGGGUCCCUGCUGUGUAAGGAGAGCCGGGAGAUGGAAAUCAUGGUGAACAGUGAGUGCAGCACAGCAAGUAACUCGAACCGAAGCUCUCCCACCUGCUCUCCCAUCCUGCGCAAGCGCUCCCGCUCCCCGACUCCCCAGCAGAGCGAGGGAGAAAUCAUGGUGGAGAAAAGCUCAGACCACUCGUCAGACAAAUCUCCCCCAACCCCUGAGCCGGGAGUGCAGCGCAGCGGCUCGUCUCAGUCAGGACGGAGCGGAGGCAAAAAUUCCAAGAAGAGCCAGAGCUGGUACAAUGUACUGAGUCCAACUUAUAAGCAGAGAAAUGAGGAUUUCCGAAAACUCUUUAAACAGCUGCCGGACUCUGAACGUCUAAUUGUAGAUUACUCCUGUGCGCUGCAGAGGGACAUAUUACUGCAGGGCCGCCUCUACCUGUCUGAGAACUGGAUUUGCUUCUACAGUAACAUCUUCCGCUGGGAGACUCUGCUGACGGUGCGUUUGAAGGACAUCUGCUCAAUGACGAAAGAAAAGACAGCCAGGCUCAUCCCAAAUGCAAUCCAGCUGUGCACGGACACGGAGAAGCACUUUUUCACCUCAUUCGGGGCCCGAGACCGGACCUACAUGAUGAUGUUCCGGCUUUGGCAGAAUGCUUUGUUGGAAAAGCCGUUGUGUCCGAAGGAACUCUGGCAUUUCGUUCACCAGUGCUACGGCAAUGAGCUGGGCCUCACAAGCGAUGACGAGGACUAUGUUCCGCCGGAUGACGACUUCAACACGAUGGGAUUCUGUGAAGAAAUUCCAGUGGAGGACGUGGAAAUAAAUGACAAUUCUUCUAAAAGUAGCAGCGAGCUGAAACCAGAAACAAAUUGCAACCUGCAGGACCCGUCUCUGACCAGCAGUAAUCUGCCGUCCACCACCAGCAGCGAGGCCCCUCUGUUUGACGGGGGUAUCCUGGACGAUCUGGACAGCUCGUUAGAGAGGGAGAUGCUGUUUGCAACCUUAGAGGAGCAGAAGGUGGAGCUUCUUCCUCCCGUCACGUCUCCGUCUCUAGACUUCAACGACAAUGAGGAUUUACCGACCGAGCUCAGCGACUCCUCAGAAACCCACGAUGAAGGUGAAGUGCAAUCCUUCUACGAGGACCUGAACGGCCGGCAGUACAUCAAUGAAGUGUUCAGCUUCAGCGUGGACAAGCUGUUCAGCCUCCUCUUCAGCGAAUCUCAGUUCCAAAGGGAUUUCAUGGAGCGAAGGCGGUUCUCGGAAGUUAUAUUCCACCCAUGGAAGAAGGAGGAAAACGGAAACCAGACGCGGGUUAUUUUAUACACCAUUGCACUAACUAAUCCUCUGGCCCCUAAAUCAGCCACAGUCACAGAGACUCAGACUCUCUACAAGGCCAGCCAGGAGAGUGAGUGUUAUGUGAUUGACGCAGAGGUGCUGACACACGAUAUACCGUACCACGAUUACUUCUACACCAUCAACCGCUACACGCUCACCAGGGUGGCCCGGAACAAGAGUCGGCUAAGGAUCUCCACAGAGCUUCGCUACCGGAAGCAGCCGUGGGGGCUCGUCAAAACCUUUAUUGAGAAAAACUUCUGGAGUGGUCUUGAUGAAUAUUUUCACCACUUGGAGAAUGAACUGACCAAAGCAGAGACUGCAUACUUGUCUGAUCUUCACCGGCAGUCCCCCAAAGACAAGAGCACCAAGAUCACCUCUACGCGGCGCAGGAAGCGUCCCCAUGGUCACCUACGCAUUCCCCAUUUACAGGAGGUACUCAGCCCGGUGACCACACCCACAGACGAGGAGAGGCAACACCGCGUACGACACGUAGCAGGCUCCACGCAGACCAGACACGUUCCUGAGGAGAAGCACAGCCAUCUGCAGAGCAUCUCCAAGCUCCUCCUGGUGAUCAGCUGCGUCCUGGUUCUGCUGGUCAUUCUGAAUAUGAUGCUCUUCUACAAGUUGUGGAUGUUGGAGUAUAGCACCCAAGUGCUUACCACGUGGCAGGGACUUCGACUACAGGAGAGCCCCCUCCCACAGUCAGAAGCCGAAUGGACCCAGUUGUUGGAGUCUCAGCAAAAACACCACGACACUGAGCUGCAGAAGUGGAGGCAGAUUAUCAAGUCAUCCGUGAUGUUGCUGGACCAGAUGAAAGACUCCUUGAUAAACCUUCAGAAUGGGAUCAUGUCGCGAGAUAUUUCCUCAGACUCGGAGGACAAACCGUACCAGUGAAGAGCCAUGCAGUGGCCGGCGGGAGAUAGCGUGCAAUAUGUGUAUAGAAAAGAUUUAUAUGUAGAUACAUAUAUAUAUGUAUACUAUGAAUACAAAUUUAUAUUCUAAAAUGAAUUUUACAAAGCAGCUGUACAGAGGGGGGGUCUUCCCCCGGCUGCUAUAGACCUUUGGCUCGGAGAUACUGGGAAUGGUGUUUCUGACCGUUUACUCAGCGUUGCUCUGAAGAAGGAAGAGCGCAGCUUUUACUCGGAAAGAGGAUCUACCUCCGUCUAUGGUAUCGUUGUGUGCCGUUGCUCUACCUCCGACACCUGCAAACCUUGCUGAUGUCCGCCUACCGCACCCCUGAGAUCUAAGACGGUGCCCCCCAAAUGGCUGCUGAGGAGACAAACAGAGGCACCCCCAGGACUAGGAGUAGAAGAGAAGUAUGGAGCAAAAGGCACAAUAGCUCCGUGCGGACUGAUCCACUGCCACCGAGCAAUAGUCCUACCAAACCGGAGACUGCAGUAUCUGAGAGUGUCCUGCCUCCUGUGUGGAGCAAUAUGUGGGAGAUGAGAGUUUUUAUAACAUUUUUUUUUUUUAAUCUUGAGUAAUUUAAAGCUUGAAUAUUAGGGAUUUAUUUGUCUUACUUUUCAAAUGUAUGUCAGUUCCUUGUUUGGAAUAAGCUGCGGUUCCUGCAGCUCUUCCCUAAGCAACAGCUGUAGGGUUUAAAAUGUCUCUGAGUAACCUGGUCACACCAAUGUUUGGUGGUAAGGACUGGUAAUAUAGUAUUUAUUUUCUAUUUUUCUGAGCCCCCAAUGAGUUUAAUCAAUGGCGGUUCUUCCUAAAUACAAUGCGGGACAAACGCAAGAUUGCAGCGCCAAUGAUCACGAUAAAACUUGUGGCGAUACAUGUGUGGUGGAACUACAAGUACCAAUAUGCCCUGCCAGCUAGAAGGGAACGCCUGCACUUCUGUUGCCAUAGCGGCUAGGAGUACCGAUCUUUUAGGAUAUGCCACAGGACGCUGAUUACACCAUUGUGACUCGGUGCCAAAUUUAGACUAAAGUUCCCUAAUAAUCACUGCAAUUGUUACAUUCUUCUUAACGCCAGAAUGAAAUGGCAUAACGCAUACAGUAAGUAUAGGUUGCUGUAACUUGACGCGUUUCACGAGUUCUGACGGCUUGUCCCUCAUUGCAUUUGGUGUUCCCGACCUGUCAUUGCAGACGCUGUUGCCGCACGUUACUAUGAAUGACUGUCAAACUAUGAAUGUGUCUGUUUAGGUAGAAACAAAUCUCUAAGUACAUAAGGGAAUGCUGCUAUAAACUAAGGGAUUCUGUAGACUACGAUGUAGAUAGCUGGCAGCGCAGGAGAGAUCGCUACGCCCAACGCCAGUUCCUUUAGAAAGGGCUUUUCGUUAACCAGCCGGCUUUGGUUGACAUUGCCAUAUAUUUGCUUAGUGGAGAACGAUACUACCGUAGGUGCGUGAUACUAUGGUAGCUGGCUGCCUGUACCGUGUGGUGGGGGAUUGGGUCUGCAUUCCAGUAUUGGCACCACCUCCGUGUCCGGUCGGCCGUUCGACAGAAACUUUAAGGCCUGGUUAGUUGUGUCAUCACAUCGCACAUGUUCUUCCAAGUGUAACAGGCAGUCCUACGAUUCCAAAGAUUGGGGGAUCAGGCAGCUGCCCCCUCACCUGCCUGGUCUGUAGAGUGCAGAGCGUGACACUGAGGUGCUGUCCUAGACCGCAGGAAUAGCCGUGGACGGUUCUGAUAAUUCUGUAGAAUCCACUGGGCUGGUGUAUUUAUCAUUAUUUAUUAUACUGGUUCUGUGAACAAUCAACACUUAGCCCCACCCCACGCCCCACCGCCUCGCCGGAAUCUUGUACAUUGCAUUAAAGCUUUCACUUUUAUUGUUUUCCAGAAUUCAAAUAAAAUGUUCUUUACAUUUCUGACCCCCCUAGAAAAUUCCAAAGAGAUCGGAUGUAGUUUUUAUGAUGGCCGUGCAAAGACCGAACUUCUAUAUAUACAUUUUGCAUCUUUCCAUUCAGUUAAAUGUGGGGAACAUUGUAUUACAGCAUCAUAGAUACAUUUUCUUUUGCACACAAGAUGUAACCUUUUAAUUGCAAUUUUACAGAUGGAGCCAUCUUCGUCUUGGCCUUUAAUAGGAUUAAUUGAGGCAGGGCAGUCGGAUUUAAUCCCCUGCUGUAAUGACUUAAUCCCCUGCUGUAAUGACUUAAUCCCCUGCUGUAAUGACUUAAUCCCCUGCUGUAUUGUUCUCUCUGUAUUGUAUUGCAGCUGUGAACAAUAGAUGAAAGGAUUAUGCUAAUAAACCUUGGUGCACCUAGGCGCAGCAGAGGGGCCAAGAUAAUCGUGACUCCAUCUAUAUAUCCCCCUUGCAUGGAUGCUUCCCUACUCACAUAUGCCAUCAGAGUUCUGCGGAGGAUCAUGAGUGUGGUAGUGUUGUACCCUGUAUAGACCCACUCCUGCCUUGACACUCUAUUUAGGAUAUACAUAUAUAAAAUACGUAAAAAAAAAUUUUUAAUCAUUGUUGGGGUUUUUACCGUCUUUAUCCUUUUUUUAAGUUCACCUUUAAGCAUUUACAUGCCUGACGUAAGACCCUACGAACCCCGUCCCCUGGCCCGAGCCAUUGUCAUUGCGACAUUAGCACAGAGUGACCGAUUAAGCGAUUGCCUUCCCUUCUGCUCUUUGCCCUAGUUAAUAUUGCACUUAUGCUUCGCUUACGUUUGCUUCACCUUGUUUGUUGUACAGAAUGUGGUACAGGGCCCUGGCUGUGCUAAGGUUAAUUUUAUGGGGGGGAAGGGGGCUACGAAUGUGACCUUACGUUUGUCCUGUGCUUAGAACCAUGCUGCUAUUUUGGGUUUGCUUUUGUGGCAACACAAUCUCAACGCUUGCUGUCCUUGGCUGUAUACCCAGAUUUUCUUUCCACAUGUUCUGUUUAUUUGGGGUGGUGAGUGGGAGGGGGUGGGGGGGGAUUGUGUUGACAUGUCUGGUUGAGAGGACGUAUUCUAAAAAGAGGAUGCUGCAUGCUAACACGUAAUGACCCCUGUCUUAGGGAUAGGAGUAUGUGUUUCAGAAUGGACCCCUUUCCAAGGCAGAGAUCUCUCUCUCUCUGCUAAUUAGUAUUAUGGCACUUAUUUGCAUGAUGUGUAUAAACUGUAUAGCUCUUGGAUAUGUCUGGUGUUCUCUGCUUGUCGGGCUGGACCUGCAGGAGACUAAGUGAUCACACAAGGCACGCAGAAUAAUUACAGCUACUGUACUGAAAGUGUUUUGUGCUCUGGAAUGGAAAACGAGCCCCCGGGUCUCUCUCCCGAGAGAAUCACCCCAGUAGCAAAGGGUUUCAUACAACAGAGUAUAAAAGUACAUUAAAAAAUAUGCAAAACAAUUUUUUUUGUCAGAUGUCUGCUCCUGUGCUUUUUUCACUGGCCUACCGUCCGGCGUCUGCCUGGCGCCCACUUUCUCUCCCGUCUCUUCCAAGUGAAAGUAAAAUGAUUGGGGGGGUAUUGAUUAAUUGGAAAUUGCCUAAAGUGGAUUUAGAAUGAGACGUCUAAGUUCCAAAUAUAUAAACCAGUCUGCAAAACAAACGCUCGUUAAUGGGUACAUUGUUUUGUAGAAUAAACGUUUGCAGUAUGUCAGCAGAAUUGUAUUAUCAUUCAUUAGGAACCAGUGACCUCAGCAGGUCUAUUUAUGGCCCAUAACAGAAGAGAACGGCUGAUCUGUAUAUUGUAUAUGCCAGAAUAUCGCUCCUGCACUCUCCUGGGACUGGCAUUAUGGCACAGGUCUGCAGAUGGCAGGGGUAGGGUAUGGGUGGGGAAGUCCUUUUCAUAUUGCAGGUUUUAUUAUAGACUUGACAGGUUAGUGCCCGACUGCUAUUGUACAUGUGAUACGUGGGUUUCAGGCAUAUGAAUGACACACGUUCUGCGUUGGAAUUAGAUUUGUGCAGGGUAUAAAUGGAGACUUCACGCGUCUCCUAGUCCCUGGACUGGAGGUAAAGGGGAAGAACAGGUUGCAUGGUGCUGGAAACUCUGACAUACAGUAUAUCACGCAUCGAGGAAACGGAAUGCGUGUUUGACCCCGACAAGAUGAGCUUCCAACCUCACAUAACGGCGUGUAACUAUAUAUUACCGUGUUCCAUUCCCGGCACCUCCUCUUCUGAAACACGGGUCACAUGUGUGAUGAGUGUCGCUGGGGGAUGAUUACUUGCAGCGCAGGAAGGGUGGGAUAACGCUAAUCAUUCGAGCACAUUCACCAUCAGACUGACAGCACAGCUUAGGGUUGAACUUGGUGCUUCCAGUGUCUCCAGUAACGGAGACUGACAUUCAGAUUUCCACACAUAUAUAUAUAUAUAUAUAUAUAUAUAUAUAGAUACUGUCUGUCCACACCGACACUGGUCUGAAUGCAUCUUGGAAAUUGUUAGACAUCACACCUCGCAGAAGGAUCAGAGCCCGUGGUUUCAGUCAGGGCAGUCAUCAGGGGGGGACUGUGGGGACUAGGGUCCAGGGCCCUUAUAGAGAGGGGAUCCCACCCCUGGCACCUGCAGCCAAAACCUUGUAGAGCGGCACAGGCAGCGCAACAACAGCGGUCUGAUGAGCAGGGAGGACUUAAAACAAGCCUUCCCUGCGCAUCAGCUCUGUGAUUCGUUCCUGCAGGUCCGCAAUGCUCCACCUAUACUGCAAGUAACGUCAUGAUGUGUGACAUCACAUAGGGGUGGAGCGGUAUGGCAGAAUACGUUUUUUUGGUAGGGGGCCCUUGUCAGUCCCGGGCCCCACAAUUUCUGACGGCAGCCCUGGUUGCAGUAAUUCUGCUUUUUCUAAGUUGUAUCGCUGCCAUACCAACCUAGUGCCAUUCCGUGUUUGUGUAGGAGUCCCACCCCCACCCCCGGCCAAUCCGCUGGUCUGGAAGAGUGACAGGCAUCCUCAGCAAUGUUUAGGUGUAACAUUGCCCUGCGAGAAGGGUUUAUUAUCUGUGUGAGGCCUGCUGCCCGUCGAGGCUCUGCGUUUGGUGCUAACCCUGAGCGGUACGGAUGGUGCUGCCAUACAGCGUGGUAAUAACCGCACUGCGGCUGGUUGUCUGGGCAUUAACGGCUUCUUUCUUUGUUUUCUUUUUACGUCUAAGGUUGUACUAAAGUAAAAAUCGGAAUCUAUAUUAUUACUUAUUGUGCUAUUGCUGAAAUGACUCUAUAUUUUUAUGAAUUUCAAACUGACUUUUAUUGAUCUGCGCCUCACAAAGGUCGAUGCAUGGAAACGGCGAGACUCUGUAGUGGCUGAAUGCUAAUUCUGUUUACAAGAUGUAUGGAGGGUAAUUACUAACUGGUGCUGCCUGCAUAUUUUCAUUUAGUUAUAUUGCAACAAUCGUCGCGGCUGCUCCCUGACAGACGCAGAGCCUGACCCUGGGGGUGUAGCACGAACGCUGUGACAACCAGUUACUGGUGAAUUUUGUGGUUACAUAACCUUAGCAACCCGAAAAGUAUGCGGAGGGUUAUAGGGAAGGUGGUAUAUAUUUACCGUGUCUGCAAGCUGGAGAUUUGCACGCUCCCAGCAAACCGUAACCUGCCGCUCCUGUACUAUAAUGAUAGGUGCUGGAAUCCAUUACAAAGUCUGACCCCCCCACCCCCUCCCCUCCUGCUUUUAUGGUUGAGAAGCAAGGGCAGCAGACAAUGCUACUGUGUCAGGUAUAUCACAUGGGUGCAGCCUUAUAGUGCAGCGAUCGCCAGUCAGGUCUGGGGGAUGUGGGUUGUUCUGCGGCGGUACUUGGUUACUGACCUCUGGAGUUUGGGAACUUUAACUGUACAAUAAAAUAGUAAAACCUUUGCGCUGUGCGCAAGGGCGUGGUCUCCUGGGGGCCUGGUGAUAUAAGUAUAUAAUGGCUACUCUGCCAAAUCUCAAUGUGAAAUAGCUAGGACUCCACUAUGAAUAAAAAAAACAAGUAUUGCAAUGA